AUGAACGCCGCCGUAGGCUGGAUCUGCCGCCGACGCCUGCUGCGCUCCUCCUUCCCCGCCAGGUCCGCCGCAUUCGUGCGUCACCAAACCACUAGCGCAUCUCUAGAUUCCAUUUCAUCUGCGGUGCUCAAACGCGCACGCGCCGUCGCCGCCGAGCAUGCCCAGCUCUCAGAGAAGCUCGUCGAGAGCUUCGACACCCGCACCGCCAAAAAGGCCGGCGAGGCCGCUCCCAUCGCCGCAGCCUUAAAAGAAUGGGAGAAGGCGAACGAGUCCCUCACCGAGCUCCGCAGCCUCGUCAACGACACCGCCGCCGACCCCGAGCUCCGCGACCUCGCCGCCGAAGACCUCCCCGACACCGCCGCCCAGCUCGACCGCGCCUCGCAGUCGCUGACAAGCAGCCUGGUGCCGAAGCACCCGUUCGCGCAGCUCCCGUGCAUGCUGGAAAUCCGGCCGGGCGCGGGCGGGUCCGAGGCGGCGCUGUUCGCGGCGGACCUGCUGCGCAUGUACCAGGCGUACUGCUCGCGGCAGGGGCUGCGCGCGCAGCUCGUCAAGUACGAGGACGCCGAGGGCGGCGGCGACCCGCGCGGCUCCGACGCCCCGCUGCAGGAGGCCAUCCUCGAGGUCGCGGCCGAGGGCGCCUACGGCCGCUUCCGCUGCGAGGCCGGCGUGCACCGCGUCCAGCGCGUGCCGGCGACCGAGAGCAAGGGCCGCACGCAUACCAGCUCCGCGAGCGUGCUGGUGCUGCCGAGUUUUCCCGAAGGGGGCGCGGCUAAUGUGGAUUUCGAGGACCUGAAUAGCGAUUACUAUAUUGAUCCGAAGGAGGUGCGGACGGAUAUCAUGAGGGCGAGUGGAGCUGGUGGACAGCAUGUCAAUAAGACUGAGUCGGCGGUCCGGCUGACGCACGUUCCGACCGGGACGGUGGCGGCGAUUCAGGAUUCGAGGUCACAAAGAGCGAACAGGGACAAGGCGUGGCAGGUGCUGCGGUCGAGGAUAGCGCAGUUGAGACGGGAAUCCAGGGAGGAAGAGGCGCUGAACUUGCGGAGGAGCGUCAUAGGCGUUGCCAAGAUGGGCCGCGAGCAUAAGAUUAGAACGUACAAUUGGGGACAGCAGCGCGUGACGGACCACCGCAGUGGGCUGACGAUCCAUGGCUUGGACGAUGUGAUCGAAGGAGGGGACAACCUGGAGAAAGCCAUGGAGAGUGUCAGGCAGUGGAUGAGCGAUCAGGAGGUCCAGCAAAUGAUUGCUAUUCAGGAGAGCGAGGAAAAAAAAUGA